AUGUCUGCACCUUACUCCCGACUCGCUGUAGAGGACGAAGACGAAGACAUUCAGGAGGCUCCAACUCACAAUAGAUCGCAUAAAAGGGCAUUAACGACUCUUGCUUUACUCGUUUGCGCCCUCCUAGGCUUCGAACUCGGCCACUGGUUCACGCAGAAACAAACUGCCCUUCCAGAAAUACCCAAAGACAAUCCAGACAUGAAUGGUAAACUAAAUGUUGCUUACUUUGUAAACUGGGGUAUCUACGGACGCAAAUAUCCACCGCAGAACAUUCCAGCUAAGGAUCUGACGCACAUUCUAUACGCAUUCGCUAAUGUCCAAGCCGACUCUGGGACGGUUAUCAUGAGCGACAAGUGGGCAGAUGAAGAUAUACAUUACCCCGGAGAUUCGUGGGAGGAUACAGGCCGGAAUCUCUAUGGUUGUCUCAAGCAAAUUAAUCUCCUCAAGAAAGAGCACAGGCAUCUCAAGCUACUCCUAUCGAUAGGAGGUUGGACGUACUCUCCUAAUUUCCACAAUGUCGUUAUCAAUCCGGCACUUCGAGCAAACUUUGUCAACUCUGCCAUCAGAAUCUUAGAAGACUAUGGAUUCGAUGGGUUGGAUAUAGAUUACGAGUAUCCGAACAAUCACGAGCAAGCUCGAGGCUAUGUCGACCUCUUGCGCGAGCUACGACAUGGCCUAGACCGACAUGCCUAUCAGCAGGGAAUUGCAGCACCUUGUGGCUCCUCCAACUAUGAGAAACUAUUCGCUCGAGAGAUGGACCAGUACCUUUCGUUCUGGAACCUGAUGUACGACUAUGCCGGUAGUUGGGAUACGGUGGCGAAUCAUCAAGCAAACAUUCGUGGGCCACCCAUAAAUACCACGAUGGCAGUCGACUGGUACAAAGCCCAAGGAAUCCAUCCAUCGAAGCUAAUUAUCGGAAUGCCUCUUUACGGCCGUUCGUUUAUGAAUACGAAUGGACCUGGCCAUCCGUUCAACGAUGUAGGACAGGGCAGUUGGGAACGUGGAAGCUACGAUUACCGCGCUUUGCCUCUCCCUGGAGCGACAGUGUAUCACGAUGAACAUGCCAUGGCAAGCUGGUCACGACCCAUCAUCCAAACGACAUUCAAGACUGGCGGCUCUGCCGUGGCCGCUCAGCAUGUUGAUGCCCUCAAUAACGCGUACGAAACCGCCGCGGCCGAGGGCAAAAUGGUCGAUCCAGUUGUCGUCGUCGAGACAUCUCUCGGAACUUCUGCUUGUUGCAACGUGCAGCACGGAUCUCUGCGUAUAGCAUGUCCGGUUCAUUCAGAAACCGACCCUUUAUUUGUAUUCUCAUUCAUCAAGACAUUGAUUGACGUCCUCCAAGACUAUUUGGGCGAGGUCUCUGCAGGAUCUAUUCGCCAAAAUUUCGAUAUCGUGUAUCAGCUGCUUGAAGAGAUGCUAGACGACGGUUAUCCACUCACUACUGAGCCGAACGCCCUGAGAGAUAUCGUCAUACCGCCUUCAUUCUUCAAAAAGAUCCUUGCUGUAGCCGGAACAGCUGGCCUUGCCAAAGCGACGACGACACCCUUUUCGUCUCCUAUUCCAUGGAGGGCGACGGGUCUACGAUAUAACACCAACGAAAUAUUCUUCGACUUUGUAGAGGAUAUGACGGGUGUAAUCAGCAGAGAGGGAAAGCCCUUAAAUCUUGAAGUCUGGGGCAAGGUCAAGACUAAUGCACGACUGACAGGGACACCUGAUAUUCUAUUGAGCCUGUCGAACACUCAGAUCUUGACUGACUGCUCCUUCCAUCCAUGUGUGCGUCUUCCAAAGUGGGCCAAGGAUAAAACUUUGUCGUUUGUUCCUCCAGACGGGCGAUUCAUCUUGAUGGAGUACCGAAUGGCUACAACAGGAACAUCGACGGCGCUAGUGGCCCCUGUUCCGUUCAAUCUGACGGCUGCUAUCGAUCUUUUGGAUGAAAGCGCCAACGUCGACUUGGCCUUUCAACUAAGGCUAGGCUCGUCCAAGGGAAUCGAGAAUAUUGUGGUCGAAUGGGAUAUUGGACAUGGAGUUACCUCAUCGAGCUGGAUUCCAACCAAUGGCGGAUCCUACACGUUUGAUGCACGCAGUGGGAUUCUUCAAUGGCAGGUUCCAGCGACUGUAGGGACGGCUUUAUGCAAUCUUAGGGGAACAUUCAAUUAUUCGCCGUCAACGCUACGACCGUCACCGUCAAUGGUCGUUUCUUUCUCCAGAUCAGAUGUUUGUUUUUCCGGCAUCAAAAUCCAGGACUUGAGGGUCAGUGGCGAGUUCUACAAGCCCUUCCGCGGAGUUCGAAGUCAAUCACAAUGUCGACUGGAGGUCAGAUGGUAA